AUGGACGGUGCGCACGCGAACGCGUACGAGACUGAUGCCAACGAAGAUCUCAGGUUUUGGACACCUGAGGCGAUUGAGAACCUGAAGAAACCCAUGCUCGUUCCCGCCAAGCUCGUGGCCCCCACCGUGGUCCGUGAGUGGGAUACACGCAAAGAGAAGAAGUCGCUCAGCAAACAGGCCGAAGCAGCUCUGCAGAGAGCGAUGGACUUGUUCGAUAAUUACCUUGCCAACGCUGAGUACGCACCGCCUCUUGCAGAGCUCCUUAGACCUUCAGUCCUGGACGCAUACAAGGAGGUGGCCGGUGAGGGCUUCAGCCUGUACCGCAUAAGACGACCCGACAAAAAAGAGCUCCAAAAAGACCCCGAGCAGUCCAACCCCAGGGGCUUCACUCACGGACUUCUGGGAGAACUCGACAUCAAGAUUGAAGAUUACCACCAUCUCAUUGACUUCAACCUUACCAUCGAUGCAGGUAAGCUGUUCGCUGAGCAUGUCAGCAUGUGGCCCGGCUGCUUUGCCAUGCGGCGAGGAAACUCCGGCAAAGCGGCGUCCUGUGGUCGGAAGCUCACCGAUGCUGAUAGGGCUGCUCGUGGCAUCGCUCACAACGUCACAGUUACUGAUGUUGUAGUCUCUCAGGAGGCAUACAUCGCGUAUCGCUCUGGUAACGUCACUGAGCUGAGCGAGUCUCAGAAAGAAUUCAUGGAUUUUCGAGCAACAAAGAUUGCUACGGGUACGGUUGGGAAAAAUUUCUAUGGGUGCAAUGUUCCCGGGGACCCUCACUACCCAUGUUACUUGCAUAGAGACGAGGCCGCUGCAGCUACUCACUAUCGAAAGUUGGAGAAGGAUCUGAAGAGGCAGCGCGAGGAGAUGUUUGAUAUGUUUGACUAA